AUUGUCAUUAACAAUCAAUGUCACCUUCCGCAUUGGUCACAUCGGAGUAUUGUUUGUUACUUAAGGACCAUUGGGUCCUGCGACGAACUACGAACAUGCCUCCGCGUCGCUCUACUCGCUCCGCAUCUGUCCAACCGCCACCAGUCGAGAAACCCAUUCCUAGCAAGAGGAAGCGCGGGCAACCCGCGGAAGAAGAAGUUCUAACCGAUCAUGUCAACACCAAACCACCAUCCAGAACCCGAAAGCCACCCUCAAGGACUGCAUCAUCUACCGCUAAGGCAAAAGGUCGAGCACGCUCGUCUCUUGAAGAUGUCCCAGAAUCCGAUAUAGAAGAAGACGAAGAAGGCUCUCCUCCACCAAUGAAGAAAACGCGUCCGUCUCUUGGAGACGACGACGAAUACGAGGUGGAAGAGGAUAUUAAACCAGUCACACGCAAAGUUCCUGCUCGCAAACAACCCGUCUCUCGUGGAGGUCGAAGUUCUGUUGUUAAGAAAGAACUUGUGGCCGAGGAGGAGGACGUUAAGCCCACAGUUCGAAAUACUCACUCAAGACUCUCUUCGGCUACCACCAAACCUUCGGCACGUACCUCAGGUCGUGCCACCAGGGGAAAGGCAAAGAAAGAAGAAAGUUCGGAAGUGGAGGAAAUUCCAGUAAAGCAUGAGAUUAUCGAAAUCUCAGACGAUUCUUCGGUGGAGGAAAUUUCUGCUCCUUUGAAACCUACGCGAAGGCCUCGGGGUAAGGCUGCCCAAGGUGUUCGCCGCUCAGCAACACCUGUGUCUCAGCCGCCCUCCGCCCAACCGAGCGGACGCUCCUCCGACCCCCUCAAACGUGAAGAAUCGCAGGAUCCGCAAUCACCACUACAGGCAAAUUCCGCUAUCGUUCCCGCUGCGCCAGUACCAGAUGAUGAGGAUAGUGCACAAGAGGUGACUUCGGUGAACGAGGAGAAAGAAGAUGCUGCAGCAUUACAGACGGCCGAGCCAUACGAGGAGGAACAUUCGCUUUUGGAUGACAUCAGGCCGCCUUCCCCAAAGCUAACCACGCAACCCGCUAUUCCAGAGGAACCUCAGGGUCCCAAACCUCGAUUGGUCAUCCACAAGAUGGCACUUGUCAACUUCAAGAGUUACGCUGGUCGGCAAGAAAUCGGCCCAUUCCAUAAGUCAUUCUCAGCAAUUGUUGGCCCAAAUGGUUCGGGCAAAUCAAACACAAUUGAUGCAUUGCUCUUCGUCUUUGGGUACCGAGCCUCAAAGAUGAGACAAGGAAAACUCUCUGAGCUUAUCCAUAAUUCUGCUCGAUAUCCGGAUCUGGAUGAGUGCAGUGUCGAGGUGCAUUUCCGUGAGAUCAUCGACGAGCCUGGGCCCGACGCGUUUUCUGUGGUUCCCGACUCGACAUUAGUUGUGGCUCGUACGGCCUACAAGAACAACUCUAGCCGAUAUACGAUCAAUGGUCAUCAGAGUAAUUACAGCGAAGUACAAAAGCUGCUCAAGGGCAGAGGUAUCGAUUUAGAUCAUAAUCGUUUCCUCAUUCUUCAGGGUGAAGUCGAAUCCAUUGCUCAGAUGAAGCCUAAAGCCCCGUCGGAACAUGAGGACGGUCUACUCGAGUAUCUGGAAGACAUCAUCGGAACAUCCAAGUACAAGGGGCCCAUCGAGGAAGCCAUUCAAGAAGUAGAACGCCUCAACGAGGAACGCAUCGAGAAGAUGAAUAGGCUCAAGAUUGUAGAGCGCGAGCGCAACGCUCUCGAAGAACAAAAGCGAGAGGCAGAAGACUAUCUGAGGUUGCAGAAUGAACACGUCAGGGCGCUCUCCCGGUUAUGGCAAUGGUAUUUGUGGAGAUGUCUCGUAAACGAGGAAAAAUUUAAUGAAAGCAUUGAGGAGAUCAAACGCGAGCUGGCCGCAGAGACUGGGCGUAACCAGGAUGACAUUACGCAUUUGGAGAUGCUUGAGAAGCAUUACAAAGAACGUGGCGCUGCGUACGAGGAAGUCAAAGCAGCAGCCGCAGAGGCUGUGAAGGACCUUACCGCUCACGAGAAGGAGCAAGUCAGCUUAGAAGAACGCCGGAAGCACGCCAACACUAAGUCGAAAAAGCUGAAGAAGUUACUCCAGGAGGAUGAACGCACCCAUGCUGAGGCACUUCGUGCUAUCGAGGAUAAUGCUACGAAGAUUGAGAAGGGGAAAACCAAGGCGGAAGAACUUGAGGGAAAUCUUGCUAGAGAGGAACAAAUCCUAGAGGAUAUUCGUGAUAGUCUAAAGGACAAGACCCAAGUCUUCCACGACCAGAUCGAGGUCAAGCAGAAGGAGCUACAGCCGUGGACGGCGAAGAUCAAUGCCAAACAGGCUGAGAUCGAUGUUGCCACAAGUGAGCGGGAUAUGCUUGCCAAGAAAGCAGACGCAGUCAAGGCUGCGUAUGAGGAGGCAAAGGCCGAUCUUCAACAGCUCCAGUCUGACUAUGAAACCAAGGCAACGGAACUGGAAGACCUUCAGGCUCGGAAGGGCGAAACUGUGAAGGAGGUCAAGGCCGCUGACCGUAAAUUCAAGGAACUCCAAGGUCAGGUUCAAGAACUGCGCAGCAAAGCAUCCUCAUCUCGCCAGCGGGUCGACGAAGCCAAGGCAUCGCAAGCUGCGAGCACCUCUCAGAACAAAGUUCUCGAUAGCUUAACUCGCUUGAAAAAUGCUGGCCGUAUUUCAGGCUUCCAUGGUCGUCUGGGUAGCUUGGGUACCAUUCCUGAUGAAUACGACGUCGCUGUCUCCACUGCCUGUGGUGCACUCAACAAUCUUGUCGUGGACACAGUCGAGCAAGGUCAAGCCUGCAUAGAAUAUCUCCGCAAGCAGAAUGUUGGUCGUGCCUCCUUCCUCGUUUUGGAAAAGCUUUCGUCUCGCGGACUCGACAGAAUACAGACACCGGAGAACGUCCCUCGAUUGUUCGAUCUUAUCAAGCCCAAGGACCCUCGACUUGCCCCCGCAUUCUACAAAGCAGUUGGCAACACUUUGGUAGCCAAAGAUCUGGACCAAGCUAACCGCAUUGCUUUUGGAGCUCGCAGAUGGCGUGUAGUCACGCUUGCGGGUCAACUCAUUGAGGCCUCUGGUGCGAUGUCGGGAGGCGGUAACCACGUAGCAAGAGGUCUCAUGAGCUCAAAACUACAAGCUGACGCUGUUUCGCCCGAUGUCUUGCGUCAAUAUGAGCGCGAAAGCGAGGAUGCUUCUCGACAACUCGAAGACGCAUUGCAUCAACUGCGCGAGUUGGAGGGAGAGCUCGAUGCUCUCGCGAAGGCGUCGCCUCAAAUUGACGUCGCGGUUGAGAAGGUCAAUUUGGAUUUGCGAACUGGUUCAAAGCGGAUCGCAGAAGCGGAGAAGCGUGUGCGUGACCUAAAGAGUCAAAAUAAGCCCGACGCUGGUGAUUUAGCACGUAUCGCUGCACUGGAAGAUGAGAUCGCCACUGCUACUGAGGAGCUCGAAAAAUUGCAGGAGCGAACAGCUGCUAUCCAAGAAGACGUCAAGGCCUUAGAAAAGAAAAUCAUGGAGGUCGGCGGGUCUCGAAUGUUAACUCAGAAGUCCAAAGUCGACGGCAUCAAGCUGCACAUCGGUUUAGCCAACGACGACAUCACCAAGGCUGAAGUCGCGAAGGCAAAAGCGGAGAAGGACUCGGAAAAACUGGCGAAUACGAUCGAAACCAACACUGCGAGUAUGAAAGAGCUUAAUGCCGAACUGCAGAAGCUCAAUCAACAAUACGAGGAGUGCGCGGCCUAUGUAGAAGAGAUCCGUUCACAGGUCGAGGCGGCCCAGACGGCGGCAGAAAACUCCAAGGAUGACCUAGAGAAUCUAAAAGGAGAACUUGAUGCUAAGACUGAAGAGAUACAGGCAUUCCGACAGAAAGAGAUGGAACUCAAACAAUCCCUUGCUGAUGUCGAGAAGGAAGCAGCCGAAAAUGCGAAAGCAUUAGACCAUUAUCAAAGAGAGCACGACAAGCUUAGGCUAGAAGAUAUUGAUGAGGAUGACGACGACGAAGGCGAAGGCUCCCUUAAUAAUGAAAAGGCUACAGACGACGAGUCUCACGAGCGGGAAGGCCGUCCCAAGCGCUCUUCCUCUCACGAGCUGCACAUGUACACCGCAGAGGAGCUAGCUGUCUUCAAGAAGCGAGAGAUGGUUGCCGAUGCCGAAUUGUUGGAUGAAAGGCUCAAGAACGCUAAGCCCAACCUUGGCGUCCUCAAGGAUUACAAGAAGCGUGAGGAAGAAUUCCUGCGACGUGCCCACGACCUCGACGAGGUCACCCUGCAGCGCGAUGCUCAAAAACAGAAGCAAGACGAUCUCAUGAAGCGUCGUCUGAAUGAAUUCUUGGAGGGCUUCCAUACAAUUUCAUUGAAGUUGAAGGAAAUGUAUCAGAUGAUUACCUUGGGUGGGAAUGCUGAAUUGGAGCUCGUCGACAGCAUGGACCCUUUCUCUGAAGGUAUCAUUUUCAGUGUCAUGCCUCCUAAGAAGAGUUGGCGAAAUAUCUCCAAUUUGUCUGGCGGAGAGAAGACACUCAGCUCUCUCGCGUUAGUCUUUGCUCUUCACGUCUAUAAGCCGACUCCGCUCUAUUUCAUGGAUGAGAUCGAUGCCGCUUUGGAUUUCCGUAACGUGUCUAUCGUGGCGAACUAUAUCAAGGAUCGCACAAAGAACGCACAAUUCAUCAUCAUCUCAUUGAGAAACGAUAUGUUCGAAUUGAGUCAUAGACUGAUUGGUAUCUACAAGACAUCCAAUGCAACACGAAGCAUUUCCAUCGAUAAUCGAGCUCUGCAUACUAUUCCCAUUAAUGGCACUCGGACAGGCGUGGAAUCUGUAUGAUUACUGUCUCUUUCUUUGUUCAGAAUAUCUCGUUGUAAUCUACUUGAAUAAUACUGUACUAUCAGUAAUGGUCAAUGAGGGACAUAUUUUCGAAGCAACUCCUGCAGUCCAUAUUGUAUCGUAGGAACAACUUUACCAUGACCAAAGUCGACUGGAUAUCCUUCAGGAAGGACAAGUAUGCCUUCCAAGAACCACGGGUGAUGCAAUGCUUCAGCCGCUUUCAGCCGUCUUUCAGGAGGGUAUACGAGGAA